AUGACCUCAUCACAACUCUCAGAGAGUGCCCCUGACUGGUGUCUACAUCCUGAGAUUGCUACGCUGUGGACAGGAGGGGCACUUUCACAGAGAAUGCCCAAAAAGGACACAGCUUGGGAGACAGCCCAGGCCCACCAGGAUCUACCCUCUCUGCCAAGAAAGGAGCUUAUUGCCAAGCUGGACCAGGCAGAAAAGGAGAAGGUGGAUGCUGCACAGCUGGUUCGAGAAUUUGAGGCUCUGACAGAGGAGAAUCGGACCCUGAAGUUGGCCCAGUCACAAUGCGUGGAACAACUGGAAAAACUUAGAAUACAGUAUCAGAAGAGGCAGGGCUCAUCCUAACUUGAAAGAUUCAGUGUGAGGAUGAGAGGUUGGUGACUGCUAUGUGCUGGCCAAAUGAUUUCUAUUUUAAAGGGAUGGCAAGUAAAAGCUAUUGCUUCUCUUUAUUAUCCACAUGGCAAAUGUCUAGAAUGAGUUUACUGCUUGCCAGCUGCUAGCUUGAGAAGAAGGGAUAUUUUAUUUUAAGUGAAUCGUUAAUGCAAAGCUAUUACCACUAUAUAU